UAAAUUUGAUAAAAGUACUCAGUCAUGUAAAAGUGACAGAUGAAAUGCAAUUUAUCAGGCCUUGCGAAGAUAGAUACAGUGAAUUCUGUGCUUCAAUCGGUCUUACGAAGCGGACUACUAAUUAGAAUCUGAAUGGGGCAUAAUUCAUAAUUCGCAGAGGUGAAUUAUUGAUUAUCGGAAUAAUUUGAUUUAUCUAAUCGUUCGGUCACACGACCUACAUAAGAGAAAGACGAAAACGCGGCAGCGAUCAAUUGUGCGGGACAGCAAAUCACGAUGGGUUUCCACGGUGUGAAAAGUUUUUGUGGGCUAAUAUUACUGCUCAACGCAUUAGCCAAUAUUAGCGAUGCCAACGCGAGAAACAUUCUAACGACAAGUGCAAGGGACACUGCUCCUCAAGUUACAAUACUUCAGGGUCCUCUUGAAGGUACAACUGUGUUGAGUUUGAAUAACAGAACGAUCUACUCUUUCCUCGGAAUUCCUUACGCUCAACCGCCGAUCGGAAACCUAAGAUUCAGCAACCCUGUUGCAGCGGGCAAUUGGACCGGAACAUUCAAUGCGACUGUGGACGGUGAAAAGUGCCUACAGUAUGUGGUUACAGGAAGCGAGGACUGUUUAUACUUGAAUGUUUACACCCCGCAGCUUCCGGGAAAUGGUUCAUCUUCCCUGCUUCCGGUGAUGGUUUCGAUUCACGGUGGAGGAUUCGCCUACGGAAGUGGAGACUUUGACGGCAAUGGUCCAGCCUAUCUUCUCGACGUAGACGUGGUGCUUGUCACCAUGAACUACCGCCUGGGAGUGCUGGGCUUCUUGAGCACUGGAGACGAGGUCGCGCCGGGAAACUGGGGCCUCAAGGAUCAGGUGUUGUCUUUGGAGUGGGUCCGUGACAACAUUGCGUUCUUCGGUGGUGAUCCGAACCAAGUAACAAUAAUGGGGAAUAGCGCCGGUGCUGUUUCAGUGCAUAUGUUGGCACUUUCGGACUUGGCAAGGGGCCUGUUUCACAAGUACAUCGCGCAGAGUGGAUCAGCUUCCGGUUUCUGGGCUUACCAACCCAGUGAAUUGUCCGCACAACAUUCCCACGUCUUUGGUGGAUACCUCAACUGCGAUAACAGUACUUCGACCCUUCUUAUCCAGUGUCUUAGAGGACUAAACGUUUCGACCAUAAUGCUAGGGGAUAUGAUGUCCGGUUUGUGGAACACGGUUGGUGGUUCUUGGUCCCCGACCAUUGAACCAGACAUCGAGGGUGCCCUUCUCACCGACAGUCCUCUCAAUCUCGUCAAUGCUGGAAAAAUGCAUGACUUGCCAUCGAUAUCCGGAAGCACGCGUGACGAAGCUGCUACCUUCGUUGCAGGUUACGUACUGGUGCCGGGCAUGUUUGACCAGUUUCUAGCUGACAUCGACAACGCCUUGCCCAACGUGCUUGGAUACUCAAGAUGGGUUGACGAUGUUCCUGCGGCUACUGCUGCAUUGAAGGACUUUUACUUCCCCGAUUUGACGGCUGAUAGAUCAGAGCUGCUGCAAAAUCUCACUCUCGCCAUAAGCGACACUAUGUUCAUAUACCCAGGCUUCAGAAUGGUCCAAAUGCAGAAUAGCAUCUUUGAGAGUGAUCAGUUCUUCUACUCCUUCGAUUACCGAGGGAUUUACAGUCAAACCGACAUGAUAAGCAGCGCAAUGCCAAACAACAGCGCUGCUCAUGCCGAUGAGAUGUUCUACCUGUUUCCACAGACUGAGGCGAUCUUCGGGGCGGCUCGAGAGAAUAUGACUGUCAAUGAUCGUCAAAUGGUGGACACCAUGAUGGAGUUGUGGACUUCGUUCGCAAUAACUGGAAUUCCAACCACAACGACUGGUGGCGUAACUUGGCAACCGUUUGCGACGGGCAACAAUAAUUAUCUUAGAAUAGGAAGUGACUCUGACCCAACGGUUGAGAAUCUGAACGAUUUUCAACCGGAAAGAAUGCAGCUGUGGAGCGAUUUGCUGGUAGCAUCAUCGGCGGCAAAUUCAGCUAUUGUUUCUUCGCCUUUGAGAUGGAUUCUUAUUUGUCUGGUUACUUACUUCAAGAUGCUCUAGUCAACAACGGCGAGACCUAUGUAUUUUUGCAAAAUUAACGUAUACAUUUUAUUCGAUUUUACCAUUAGCGUGUAGUGAAUAGUAUGAAUCAAAAGUUAAUCACAGUUGUUACGACAUUAUGAUUGCUGAGUUAAAAAAAUUAAUUACACAGCUAUAUAAGUCGUAAUACAAUAAUGUGAUUUCCGAUUAUUUGGGAUUCAUUGUAGACAUUUUCUUAUGCUUUUUCUACAUAAUAUAUUCUUUAAUUAUCAUUAGCCUUAUGGCAACUGUGAAUAAAUUUUUACCAA